GAGUUUAAAUAAUUGGACGAAUUUCCAAUUUUUAGAAGCGCAACCAGAAGAGCAGACAGACGACCAGACCAGGGUUUCAUUCUCUUUCGAUCGAACCCCUGCCGGUCGGUGAUGGGUCGCCCACCCAGUAACGGAGGCCCCGCCUUCCGUUUCACCCAGCCUGAGGUGACAGAAAUGGAAGCUAUUCUUUCAGAUCACAACAAUGCAAUGCCAGCAAAAGAUGUUCUUGAUGCUCUUGCAGACAAGUUCAGUGAAUCACCCAACCGUAAAGGCAAGAUUACAGUACAGAUGAAACAGGUAUGGAAUUGGUUUCAAAAUAAGCGAUAUGCGAUAAGGGCCAAGUCUAGUAAGACUCCUGCAAAGUUAAAUAUCACGCCCAUGCCUCGGGUUGAUUUGGCCCCAGGAAGGAUUAUGGCUCAACCAACAGCUUCUCCUAUUCCUGCUCCUUCAGCUUCAGCUCAAACAACAGCAAAAGUAGCUCCUGAAAAUUCGGUUAUGGAAUUUGAAGCUAAAUCUGGAAGGGAUGGAGCAUGGUAUGAUGUGGCUAACUUUCUAUCAUACAGACAUUUGGAGAGUAGUGACCCGGAAGUGCUAGUGCGUUUUGCUGGUUUUGGAUCCGAGGAAGAUGAAUGGAUUAAUGUGCAAAAAAAUGUCAGGCCGCGCUCUCUUCCAUGUGAAUCAUCAGAAUGUGUCGCAGUGCUCCCUGGUGAUCUCAUACUUUGUUUUCAGGAGGGUAAAGAACAAGCUCUUUACUUUGAUGCCCAUGUCCUUGAUGCUCAAAGACGGAGGCAUGAUGUAAGAGGUUGUCGUUGUAGAUUUUUGGUUCGCUAUGAUCACGAUCAGUCUGAGGAAAUUGUGCCGCUUAGGAAGGUUUGUCGGAGGCCUGAAACUGAUUACAGAUUACAUCAACUUCAUGCCGUUAAUGAUGCAGCGCCUGCGGAUCAGCAGAAAAUUAGCUUAGAUCAUCCAACAAAUGUUCAUGGCAUUAGGGUUAUUAGUUCUUCUGAAACAGUACAAAAGCAGCAGCAGCAGAUUGCAAAUAUUCAUAUAGUAACACCAGUCUUGCAAACAAAUGUUUCUAUACCAAAACCACCACCACAAAGUAUGAAUGUGGAUCCAAUGAAAGCUGAAACAAAAGCUGAUGUUCAAGCUGGAAUUUCUGUCCCUCCAGGCUUUGCCCCAUUGGCUGUCCCUCCAGGCUUUGCCCCAUUGGCUGCCGGCAUCAUUACUACUGGCAGUAUUACUUCUAGCAUUAUUCCUGAAGUCUCCACUCAGAACAAGGCUGAAGGGAAGUAGCUUGAAUAUGAUUCGUUAAGUCUUCUGCCUUAUGUGAGGAUCAUUUUUCAAACCUCUUGAUAGAAUUUGGCAUAUGCCUUUUCAAACAACUAACUAGUUGGAUAGCUUUUCUUUUGCACAAAAUGCUUGUACAUGAGCUUUUUGCAUCUGAACUAUGAGGUGCUAGAAUUACACUCACCUCGUCUUUUAUUUAUGGUAAAAUAUAUAUUAUCCUCUUUAAAGUAGUAUCAGUAUGUAUGAAUUACACUUUAAUAUAUUUUAAUAGAAACGCAUUUUCUAA